AUGGCUUCUGCACAGAAGAAGCAGCAGACGAUAUCUUCCUUCUUCAAAAGACCUCCCUCAACUCCCACACCUAAAGAUCGUCCGCAAAUCGCCACAGAAGAGGAUGAUGAAGAUGAUGGGCUGGUACUGCCAAUACCGAAGAGACGCCGCAUCACACCUGCCGGAGAGGAUAACGACAAGACGGGACAUAUCGAAGAGGUGGAAGACGAACCUGCUAUACCGCUGAGACCUGUUGUUGCCAAUGGACAAACUCUCGGCACCACUGAUUCCCCAGCAUCCAACAGGACAGCGAAAUACGUCUAUUCUUCGUCCCUUCAGCAGGAAAACCAGGAUUCAGAGGAAGUUAGCGGUGCGGAAAAAAGACGAAGAGAUGAGCUACACCGGAGAUUUGUGAAGAAGUUGGGAAGGCCAGACAGCAUCGCCGAAAUCAAGCGGCGAAACAGGCUGCUCGAAGAUGAAACAGCAGACCAGGAAAAUGAAGAUGGAGAGGAUGAGCCUGUGGAUGAGGCACCGAAAUCGACUUCUCGAACCAAGAAAGGUGGCAACAAGUUGACGCCGAUGGAAAAACAAGUCAUAGAGAUCAAGAGAGCGCACAUGGACACCUUGCUUGUGGUCGAAGUAGGUUACAAGUUCCGUUUCUUUGGCGAAGACGCCAGAAUUGCGGCCAAAGAACUCAGCAUCGUUUGUAUACCGGGGAAAUAUCGAUACGAUGAACAUCCAUCAGAGGCACACCUGGAUCGUUUUGCCUCUGCAAGUAUCCCAGUUCAUCGACUGCAUGUGCAUGUCAAGAGGUUAGUUGCUGCCGGUCACAAAGUUGGUGUUGUCCGACAACUUGAGACUGCAGCAUUGAAAGCCGCUGGCGACAACAGAAAUGCACCUUUCGUGAGGAAGCUCACGAAUCUGUACACAAAGGGCACUUAUAUCGACGACAUCGAAGGUAUCGAAGAGGAUAGUCGAGGAAGUCCUGCCCCACAGUCUGCGUCGACCGGAUUUCUACUUUGCAUGACAGAAGUCAACGUCAAAGGCUUUGGUAACGACGAAAAAGUCCACGUCGGCCUGGUAGCAGUCCAACCUGCCACAGGCGAUGUUGUUUACGAUGAUUUUGAGGACGGUUUCAUGCGGAGCGAAAUCGAGACGAGGCUGCUUCACAUUGCCCCCUGUGAGUUCCUCAUCGUGGGUGAGCUCUCAAAAGCGACUGAGAAGCUUGUUGUCCAUCUUUCCGGCAGCAAGACCAAUGUUUUCGGCGACAAGAUUCGGGUUGAGCGAGUCGCGAAGCAGAAGACAAUGGCAGCUCAAGCACACAGCCACAUAUCAACCUUUUAUGCGGAAAGGCUCAAAGACUCCCGAUCAGAUACAGACAAGGCGGUGAAAAUCUUUGAUAAAAUCAUGGGUCUGCCGGAAAACGUGUCCGUCUGCCUCUCUGCAAUGAUCACACACUUAUCUGAAUAUGGUCUCGAGCAUGUCUUCCAGCUGGCCAAGUAUUUCCAGCCGUUUUCCGCUCGAUCACACAUGCUGCUCAAUGGCAACACCCUGACGAGUCUCGAGAUCUACUUGAAUCAGACAGACCAUUCCACGAAAGGUAGUCUGUACUGGAUGAUGGAUCGGACGCAGACCAAAUUCGGCGGCAGGCUGCUACGGAAGUGGGUCGGACGGCCGUUGCUAGAUGUACAAAGCAUUGAAGAUCGACUCAACGCUGUGGAAGAGCUACUGAAUCCUGACAAAGUCGCGCAGGCGGAAAAAUUGAGACGUGUCUUGUCGAAGAUUAGAACCGACUUGGAGAAGAGCCUUAUUCGGAUUUACUACGGCAAGUGUACACGACCAGAGUUAUUGAACGUUCUUCAGUCACUACAGAUGUUGGCAACUGAAUUCGCGUAUGUGACAGACGCAGCAUCUACUGGCUUCGCCUCGGAUUUGAUCUCUUCUGCAAUGGUCUCUCUCCCCGUCAUCUUGACAGAGGUUGUGGGAUAUCUGGACAAGAUCAAUCUUCAAGCUGCCAAGUCAGACGACAAGUACGCCUUCUUCCAGGACGCUUCAGAGACAGAGGCCAUCUCGGAACACAAAUUCGGCAUCGCGGGCGUUGAGCAUGACCUUGACCAAUUCCGAUCAACUGCCGCCGAGAAGUUGGGCAAGAAAAAGCCAGUCGACUACGUGGCUGUGGCAGGCAUCGAUUAUCUGAUCGAGGUUGAAAACAACUCUCCCACGAUCAAGAAAGUGCCAGCAUCCUGGGCAAAGAUUUCGGGCACCAAGAAGGUGUCUCGGUUUCAUCCGCCAGAAAUCGUCAAGCUUCUGCGAGAGAGGGACCAGCACAAGGAGUCUCUUGCGGCUGCUUGUGAUGAAGCUUUCAGGAAUCUGCUAGCCGACAUCAGCACAAAGUAUCAGCUUUUCCGCGACACAAUCCAAAGUCUGGCAACCUUGGACUGCCUACUGUCUUUGGCAAAUAUCGCAUCCCAGCCAGGCUACGUACGUCCCAGCUUCACACCUGACACCCGAAUCGAAGUACAAGGCGCCCGCCAUCCUAUGGUUGAGCAACUCCUCAUGGAUUCUUAUGUGCCCAAUGACAUCUCCAUCUCCCAAGACUCGACACGGGCUCUCUUAGUGACAGGGCCCAAUAUGGGCGGCAAGUCUUCCUAUGUCCGUUCUGUAGCCCUCAUUGCCAUCAUGGCACAAAUCGGCUCUUUCGUUCCGGCCACGUCCGCCACACUGGGUAUUCUAGACGCGGUCUUCACCCGCAUGGGGGCUUUUGACAACAUGAUGUCCGGUGAAUCAACCUUCAUGGUCGAACUCAGCGAAACAAGUGACAUUCUGAAACUCGCCACCGACCGCAGUCUGGUAGUGCUGGAUGAACUGGGCAGAGGAACGAGCACGCAUGACGGUGUCGCAAUUGCCGCGUCCGUGCUUGAUUACCUCGUAAGAGAGCGGAAGUGUUUGACACUGUUUAUCACCCAUUACCAGAUGCUGGCCCGCAUGGCGGAUGGGUUUUCGAACGGAGAACUCAAAAACGUCCACAUGCGUUUCACCGAGACGAAUGACGAAAACAUCACCUUUCUCUACGAAGUAGGUGAAGGUGUGGCGCACCGCAGCUACGGUCUGAACGUGGCAAGGCUGGCGAAUUUGGGCGAGAGUGUGAUUGAUGUCGCGCGACAGAAAAGUCGGGAGCUAGAAGAGGCAACGAGACACCGACAAUUAGGGGGACUUGCCAGGGCGUUGGUGCAAGGAUCAAGGGACAGCGGGCACAAAAGGCAAGUGGAAGGUGGGAGCCUGGAUGCGUUGGUGGAGGGCAUUGAGACGCUUUGA